CACGGAAAAGAGCUUACUACAGUACUGUUAUUGAAAAAGCGGAUUAUGGUUUACGACCUAUAGACCCCGAUGUUUAUGGAAAUAAGAAACGAGCUACAAGGGAUAUUAUACAGAAGUUACAGCAACAAAAUAAUGACAAUAACGACGAAGAGGACGAUAAAGCUUUUGACGAUAUUGUAGACAUGUUUUCAGAUACCAUUGCCACAGCUCUAUACCUUAUCAAUCAACUCAUGUUUCCUCCUUCAGAAAAAAAACAAAUUGCCAACAGUAAGUUUCCUCGGGUCUGUUUUAUACACCAGAUAUAUAGUAUCUUACAGGAUAAUACUGCGGUCGAUAGAGAAAUUCAACAAUCUGUGAAAGCAGGUACUUGGCGAAAAUUCCAUAUUGUUGGCACUUUGGAUGAUGAAUAUGCGGUGAUGGAAACAAAGGACUAUUUGCUGACCAUUCAAGAAGCCAAGCAAGAAUUUAUAAAGGAUGUUACCGAUGGUAUUAAUAAAGACGGAAAAGAUCUAGAUCCUGGAUUAUUUGAUCGAUUUCAACAACUUGUGCAUGAUGGACGUUAUUUUGACACUACUAUUGCUCGACAGGCACUUAUCUCACCAAAUACAACUUCAUCAUCAACAGAACAAUUCACAGAAAAGGAACUGAUUCAAUUAUGCAAAUAUGGUCUUUUACUACCUCAUAUGAAGAAAGAUUCUUAUUGGUUUGCUAUUCGACGACAAGGCACAUUCAUGUCUUCCUUUUUGAAAGGUCGUACAGAAGUUCUGCGGAUGUUGAAAAAACGAUCUACAAAGGAUAUUAUGGAAAAGCUCUUCAAAACCAAGAAACUUCGACAAACAGUAUUCAGUCAUGAUUUUAUCUUACAUGAUUUAAUUGGCAGUGGUCGUGUUGAAAGGCAUAAAACAGCUAUGGGUGAUUUGAUCAAACUGACAAAGAAAGGUGAAUUGGGCCGUUAGGAUACAAGAUCAAUGAUACGAUAUCGCUCAAAAGAGUAAGGUCAUCUUAGACAGCUCUCCUAUCUCUUUCUGGUAAAAAGACAUAGUAUGGUUGUUCGCAUAUCGGGCUACGAUGAACGCAGGGUAAUAAUGGAUUUGAAUAAAAUUAAGUUUCACUUGUUUCUUACUUUGUCGACAUUGAAUGGGGGAUAUUUUACUUUAAUUAGUGUUUAUUAGAAUAGAUUAUAUGUAUAUCAAUAAAAUUGGGACAUUUAAAUCAAAGAUGAUAUGAUCU